ACUCCGGCGAGCCGCGCCGACCACCUGCCCUGGGCGUCCUGCGCUCCCCUGAAGCGAUUCCGCUGCGAAUCUGAAGCUCGAGGGCUGAGGAGCGGGAGGUGACGGCGGGUGAUUUACGGAUUUGGGGAGUGGAGCAGGAUGGGGUCGUCGUCGAAGGUGGUGCAGCCGGAGGAGGUGCUGGAGUCGCUCAAGAACGACGGCACCGUCGACGCGCUCCGCAUGAAGAUCAUCGCCCAGCUCAAGGCCAACGAGGAUAUGAAGAAAAAUACUAUGAUGAUGGUGGAGCAAAGCAAAGUUCUGAAGACUCCUGGCGCUGAGAAAAAGACCAAGAGGGAGCUGUUUGACGCCCUUCGGCAGGAGUUGGAAACUCCAGUCCUGGAGAAAGCCUCAAAGGCGGUCUGGGAGUUGAUUCUCGACAAUGGUGGACUGGGGAAAGAGAUCACCGAGACAGUCGAGAAAGUCUUCUGCCGGCUCAGCGGAAUUGAUGCGAUGCCACCCCCAGCUUCAACAUCCCGGGCUCCUCAAGAGAAACAAGCAUACAUGGCUGUAGAUGAGAGUGAGAAGGAUGCCUCUGAACGGUCGUCAUCCUCAAGGAAGAGGCCGUUUGGUGACAUCAGUGCGAAAGGAGCAGCUGCUAUGCCAAAUGGCCAUGCUACAUACCAGCAUGACGAGCAUGAGGAGGGCAACUAGAAGAUGUCAUUGUUUCAACUGUUGCGGGCUAAAUCAGCUGUUGUGUUUCCAUGGCCUGAUGGCCAAAAGUUGCUUAGUUCACCGACAGCUAUGUAGUUUCAUAAUCUAUGUUUGAAUUGUAGAUGCUUGUGGCUUCUCUGUUUAUACUAAUCAAGUUAUGUAAGUGACUGAUAUAGGAUGGUUUCAGCUUUAGAGGAGCGCUAACUGUCUAUCCUGAAUGUAGAACAAGUUUUCUGAGUACUUCCUGAGAAUAAACUUGCCUCUUGGUUACAAA